CGUUUUCAAGUGUGCUGCGAUGAACGUGUGCAGUGGUUCGUCAGCGUUUUAUCAAUGAAUUCUGCGCUCCCGUGAUCCAAUCAGCCAAUGAACAGCUCGCACCUGCAGCCGUUCACAGCUUGGUAGCUUCAAGAGGUCACUACACUUUGAAACGUGGAAGGGAGAGCGUGAUUGUAAUGCCGGUGAAAAAUAGCAACACCGUGGGUUUGGAGAGACGCGUGGAUCUGGCCUCGCUUUUCUGUAUGAUCGGGCGGCACGGCCCAGCCGUGGCUCUGGCCGUGAUAGCCAUGGUGUCCAUGGUGGCAGGUUUCAUCAUCUACCGAACAGUGAGGGGGAAGCGGAGAAAGGCCACAGCCGGAGCCACAAGCACCGAUAGUGACAGCAGGGACGCCGGAGCGGAGACGCUUAUACCGCCGGAUCAGGAGCCGGAGCCGAGCCCGGAGGUUUUGCGCAUCACGGCGGACUCAACAGUUGUGAAAGCUGAAGGCUGUUUAGAUGUGGAGGAGGAUACUGCUCUUAAAAUCAGGCAUCGACGUCUCACUGCUGAGAAAAAAACGCCGCCUCACCGUCAACCCAAAAGUGACUCUGUACAAGACAACAAGCACAGUGCUUCAGUGCAGCAGGUAGCCGAGCUGCAUGCAGAGGAGGAAGACAAAGGUGCUGAAAUUGAUGUGGAAACUGAUGGCACAGAUGGCACUAUGGAGGAAGGUGAAAAUAAGGUGAUACAGAGCCACAAAGAAGAACUGAAGGUACUACAAGAAAAAGGCCAAGAGGAUGAUGUGCCUACUGAAAUGGAAUUGUCGAAUAAGGAGGCCAGUCAAGAGGAGGAAAACCUUCUGGACAUUUCAAAGAGCACAGCGGCCAACUUGGAAGAACCAAUUGUUCAUAUUGAAGACAUACCUGUUCCUUCCAUCUGUUAUUUCAAAGAAGAGAAUCUUCAAGGUGUCACCGAUUUCUCUAAUGAUUAUAGCAACAAUCACCAUUUUCCAGAAGAAGAAAAGAAAAGUGGUGGUGAGGAGGCAGAAGAGGAGUUGGUAGAUGACCAACUGACUUCUCAACAAGCUGGGAUCAGCUCCACAGUGUUUGUUGAAGUAACCAAGCUGCAGGGCCAGUGUCAUGAGGUGAUGUUAUCCUUUCAACAAAAUGCAGAUGAAGACAAUGUGAGUGAUUCAACGGAUAUAAACUUCAACAGUCACCUGCUACAAUUGGCUGAACAAAACAAUGAAAGUGAGCUUGCCUGCAAUCAAGACAGUGAUGUAAAAGAGGAAGUACCCACUGAGGACAUUGCCUCACGUGAUGAAGAAAGUAAUCCUUCAAGUGUAGUGCUGGACCACACCCUGCUCUGUUUGAACCAUAUGAUCGAACCUGAAAACGCUGAUAAUGGUGAUUCUAGCAGUGUAGCCAAUGAUGCAAAGGCCCAAAUCUCUGGCAUUGGGGAAAUCUCCAGCUUGUCAUCAGAUCAACAGCAACUGCAAAGCAACAUAAAUGAAGAUGACAUUUCCCAAGCUCUGGGAGUCACCAGUGGGGCUGCUCCUGUCACAUCUGAAGACGGUAAACUUCCUGUACUUCAGAUUCCACUGCCGUCUUUUGAGCAAAGUGAGCCGACUUGGUCAUCUUCUGGUCUUGGUGGUGAGAGUGGAAUUUCAAGCAUGACUGUCAGCCCUGAUUUGCCAGAUGUUAUCAGUGAAUAUGAAAUGCCAACUGAAAAUGUGGCUCUCACAGUAAAAGAGCACACUGAGGCUCAGAAUGGCCUCCUUGAUGAUGAGGCUCGAUCUGCCAUGAAUGAAGAUCUAGCAAAUGUGAUAUCCAGAUCUUACCCAUCAUAUUUUUCCCAGCAGACCCUCGGUGAGCAAAUUGACUGGGCUAAUGACAGUUCUUUAGCAGCCAAUGAAGACAUAUUGGGACAUGAAAUUGAGGAUCGCUACUAUAGAGAGAUGGAACAGGCUAUAGAGCAGAUGGCAGCCAAUGUUACUAGCUUAACCGAUGAGCUCGCAGUGAAAACAGACAUGAAGGCUGAUAUCAAGGUUGUUGAAAUCAAUCAGAAGAUGGAAAGGGCAGAGAAAGAGAAGGAGGAAGAGGACUAUGAAAAGACUGAAAUCAGUAUCAUGGAGGCAACUAUGGACAAUAAUGAAUGGAUCACAGAUGGAAACUACCAAGUUCUUCCCUGGAUGAACCAGUCUGUCCCUCCUUUUGCCCAAAACCACACACAACCUGAGCCAGUUUCUACUGAAGCUGACCAUUCAGGUGCUUCUGUCACAGAUGCUACUUGUAUAGAUGCAUCUCUGUCCUUGAAUGAUGUGAAACAGGCUAUCCUGCUUUCCCCUGUUCAUGAAAAUGGCAAAAAGGUUGUGGCAGUCCAGCCCAUGUCCCAGAAUGUCAAUGUGACUUUCCGCAUCCAUUAUCUCACCCACUCACCACACCAGAAGGUGGCCAUCACAGGGAGCCAGCAAGAGCUGGGGAACUGGAAGAAAUUCAUCCUGCUCGAGAGAGCCAAGGAUGGGAAUUGGGCCACUGUUGUCAGCCUGCCUGCAGAGAGUAUCGUGGAGUGGAAGUUUGUGGUGAUGGACAAGGGUGAGGUGUGCCGUUGGGAAGAAUGUGGAAACCGCCUCCUGGAUACAGGCUACGGAGACGACCUGCUUGUGCACAAAUGGUGGGGAUUAUUGUAAACGAUUUGUUGAAAAGGCUGCAGUUUGAGAUUAGCAGGUGCACCAGGCGUUCAAACUGUGUUCACGACCAGGUAAAGUUGUGUUUAUGUUUGUCAGUAAAUUGAUAAAACAUUAUGAUUAAGUUUGGGUUCAAACUGGGCUAAUUUUGGUUGAAAGCAACUGUUUCUACUUGAUACAGAUUGCAAAUUUCCAAUUUUAUAGCAAAAACAAUAAAUGAUCUUUUAGUGUUAAAUUCAUUAGUCUAUUGAAGUGAAAUGCUCUUGAACUUUUUUUUCUUAUUAUUUGUACAAGCAAAAACGUCAAACUUGAGCCUUGCGGUGUCUUUGUUUCCCACAUACCAGUUCCCCCGAGAAUGGCUUUGACUUCUGCAGUUUUAAAUCAUUUAAACAUCAUUUUACUAAUAUAAGACUUGGAAGCAUGAAAUUUCAACCAGAUUUAUUCUAGUAUAAACCUAGAUGCAGUAUACAGGUGACGGAAACUUCCAGCAACACAAUUCCCUGACAGACUAGCUCUUAUAAAACCUCUGAUGGGACCUUCUAAUAGCCAGUAAUUAGGUAUGCGUUUUCAGGGACUGGGAAAUAUUUUGAUCAAAACACUGAACCAUUACACAAGAUGGCUUGAUUCCCCUUUUACAAUACCACUGAUUAUGCAAACUACUCCUCCUUAACAGGAUGAUUUAAUGCAAGCGUAAAUGAAGAGAUUACUGUCCAUAUGCUGCUUGAAUAUGCCUGUCUAUAAGGAAAAAUGCACAUAAUUAAAUUUUACUAAAGCAAUAAAUACAGCAAUAAUUGUUGUUACAUCAGGUACUCUUAAUGCGUUUACCACUAAACUGUGAUGGUUGUAACUUCAAUGCUGCUUUUAUCUCAUGGGACUAUUUGCAUGCAAGACAGUCCCAUUGUUGUUAAUAAAUGUGCCUUGUGAAAAUGAUUUUCUACUGUGUUGUAAUGCAUCAAACGUGUCUUUUGAAUAAUUUGAUUAGCUACUUAAGAGAAAAUUAUUCACUAGUUAUCUGGUUCAUCAUUUGGUUCUUAAUCGUGUAGUGUAUAUAGCCUUUGUGUCUCAGAUUCUAUCAUUGUAUCCUGAUAUGAAAUAUUGUGAUGAUGCUACUUAAUGUUGGUUAUUGUGGAGAUGGUUAUUAAAUAAACGAAUCUUAAAUCUCA